AGCGAUCCUACCAGCUCCCAACAACCCAAGUCGCGCUUCUUCUCUCUUAUGUCGACUCCUAUUCUUCUCGGCGCUGCAGCAACCCUUGGAGCGGCUCUCGUUGGGAGACAGCUGGUCAAGAGCGGCGUUAUCCGGUUCGGAAAGACAGCCUCUGAGGAGUGGGCAAAGGGUGGCUUCAAGUCGAAGAUGGAUAGGAAGGAAGCGCUGGACAUUCUGGGACUGAAAGAUAAUGCACUAAUUAAGAACCGCCUCAAGGAUGCGCAUCGACACAUCAUGCUCGCCAACCAUCCUGACCGUGGCGGUUCGCCAUAUCUCGCCAGCAAGAUCAACGAAGCUAAAGAUCUCCUUGAGAAGCUCGAUGGAAAAGGGCGAUAGACUGGGAUUGAUAGCCAUCUGUAUCCAUGUGUAGCAGGAGGAGAAAGGGUACUGGCCGGGUUUCUGGGGUACGGAUAUAACGAGGAGUCUCUCCAGUCAAUGUAUUAUCACACGCAGCUCUCU